UUCACUCGCAUUCACAGCUGUAGCUUGGAAGUUAAUAGACGCAGGUCGCACAGAUCCACACUUCACAUCGUGUAAUAAUGGCAGUGACAAGGUCUGUCCUCUGUUUUGGACUAAUUUUGGUCUUCUUCGUGUUGCAGCGUGGCGUUUUUGGACUCGUAAUCUUCCCAGGAUGUCAGGCUCCUUUUGUCCAGCUAAGUGGUCGAUGCUACUUCUUCUCCUGUAUGCAGAAAUCGUGGUCACAUGCACAAGCCUAUUGCAGGAGCAUAUCUUCACAUUUGGCAAGAAUAACUUCUCAGAGUGAGAACAAUAUGAUUGUCUCCUACGUACGGAAUUAUUUUUCUGUCAACUUCAGCUGGUGGUUGGGUGGCAAUGACAUGGCACAGGAGGGCAGGUGGGUGUGGGUGGGUACCAACAGCGUUCUGAGUUACACUAACUGGUACCCAGGAGAACCUAGCAACAACGAAGGAAUAGAGCACUGCUUGGAAUUGCGGUCAGUCAUCACACAUAGAUGGAAUGAUGCACCGUGUGGCCACGCAAAGAAUUUCAUAUGUGAAAAGUAGCACAGAUGGUCAUUUCCCUGACCUACCAAGUUGUUGAAGAUAUCGAUAUGGUGAAAUUGAAAUAUAUCAUUAAACAAUAACUGUCGGUUUUAUUGGGGUACAUCUGGUUGCAUUUUCGUCUAGCUUAUGAAUUGGAUGCGCAGCUUCUCUUUGCUGCAAAUUGUCAUCUGAUUUUUUCUUUAUUAUUAUUAUUAUUAUUAUUUGGAUUUACACAAGAGUAGUUCAUAGGGGAACUGCUGAAUUAACUAAACGAGACAAAUGAAAAUAACCAUGCUUUGCAGUGAUAAAACUCCAAUUACAAUUCUCUUAUUGGUUUCAUAUUUGUAUUUAUUGAAUUUUAUUAGAGAGACUUUCCUCACAACUUGUGUUUACACAUGAGUUUUUCGGGCAAGUUGAACCUACUAUAUGAAGCCAAUUGUUGUUUUGAUGUUUGAACAAGAAAAAAAUCGCUGACACAGAAACAAUUUACGUUCAAUUCAAGAUAAUAGUAAUGUGUACUACUGAAAAUCAACAAAUAAAAUGAUGUUGAAAAGCGUAAAAAGUCAUCAAGUGAUCAAAAUAUUCUUUUAUUCGAAACAUAAAAAAGAAACAAGUAAAUAUAUUGUUCAAAACUUGACAAAGGGAAAGAAACGAAACAAAAAAGAGAUCGUUUCGACAUUUACACAUUUCUGAAGCAUUAUCAGAAACCAGAGUCUUACAGUUGCAGGGGUAAAUACAAUUUUUUUCAGCAGACGAUCAGAAAAAAUGUUAGGGGACUCUGCAAAAGACUCUGGUUCAUGGCGAUGCUUCAAGUAACUUGACGUUGAAGCUUUUUGCAUGGAUAACUCGUUUGUUAGGUUGUUUUUAUUUAUUAGUAAGAAAAAUAGGGAAAAAAUCGAAGAAAAAUGAUGUUGAAAAAAUCAAUCAUAUGUCAAGUCUGUAAUUUAGUGGUAUUGUGGGUAUUUUAUUCAGAAUACAUGUAUAUGUGUGUUUUGUUCAGUUUCCAUGUAGAUACCUGGGAUUAUUUGGCUGUUAUUUUAUUUAGUGUCAUUUUUUAAUGUAAUAAUCUUGGGAGUCUUUAAGUCAAUAUCACAGCUGUUCACUUCUUCCGCUCAAAAAUAUCGGUGAUAAUUUGAUUCUAUAUUUAUCUGUGUAGUAUAAAAUUGCAUACGCUUUAUCUGAACUUAUUUCUUAUUUACAUAGGAGUUAUUAAUAGAAAGACUGUUGAUAUAACCAGAUGAAACAUAUGCGUAGAACAACGCUUUCUUUCAAAUGAAAUGAGUGAUCAGAAUUCAGACACAAUCCUGUUGCUAAUUUAAAUCUUUUAUUCACUGAUGUCAGAUAAAAUUACAGUAAUCUGUAUUUGUUCAUGUUUACACGUUAUUCAGAAAAAUAAAGCUUUUGCGCACGA